ACAGGGUCGGGACACCACAAUCGGAUCGGAAUCCGAUGGUUCGCAUAUAAGCGUGAUUGAAACCCCUGGACCCGGAGGGCCUCGACGACAUAUCUUCUGCGGAAUCCCUAUCACCACCGACGGCGACAUCGACAUCGACGGCGACGAUCUCAUAUCUCGCCGUCCGUUUACUAGUUGAAUUCUUAAUGUGGAUUUAGUAUACGGCCUUUGAGCAUCUUUCUAUUCAUUUUGUUAAAGAGCAAAAGAAAGAUGGGUGGGAAUCCUUUGGCUCAGGUCUCAACAUGCCCAACAGUGUUGUUUUCAUCCUUCACUACCCUCCCAUCUAGUUCCUUAAAAUGUUUUCCCCAUCAUCUUCAAUCUCAAUCACGAGGAAAAUUCACUCGAAUAAGUUGUAUGUCCGCUGAUACUGAACACAACAAACCACCCUCUUUAGAGAAGAAGAAGAAUCCACUUGCAGUUGUUAUGGAUGUUCCUCGGACUCUUUGGAGGAGAACAUUACGGCCGUUGAAUGAUUUUGGUUUUGGUCAUAGGAGCAUUUGGGAAGGAGGAGUAGGGUUAUUUCUAGUUUCAGGUGCAGUUAUUCUUGCUCUCAGUUUGGCUUGGUUGAGGGGUUUUCAACUGCGGUCUAAAUUCAGGAAGUACUUGGCUGUGUUUGAGUUUGCUCAAGCUUGUGGUAUUUCCACUGGAACACCAGUGAGGAUUAGAGGUGUGACGGUUGGCAAUGUUAUCCGUGUAAAUCCUUCCUUAAAAAAUAUUGAAGCAGUUGUUGAGGUUGAAGACGAGAAGACAGUUAUACCUCAAAAUUCUCUUAUCGAGGUAAACCAGUCUGGUCUUCUCAUGGAAACAAUAAUUGACAUUACGCCUCGAGAUCCAAUACCAAAUGUUUCAGUUGGUCCUCUUGACCCAGAGUGUGUCAAAGAAGGUCUAAUUGUUUGCGAUAGGCAAAAGCUGAAAGGAUACCAAGGGGUAAGUUUGGAUGCAUUAGUUGGGAUAUUUACCCGUCUUGGACGUGAAGUGGAGGAAAUUGGUGUUGCCAACACUUAUUCACUGGCUGAGCGAGUUGCCUCUGUAAUUGAAGAGGCAAAGCCACUGCUUGGAAAGAUCAAAGCCAUGGCUGAAGAUGUUCAACCUCUGCUUGCUGAGGUUCAUGAUAGUGGGUUGCUAAAGGAAGUUGAAAAUUUAACCAGAAGCCUUACCCAAGCCUCUGAGGAUUUAAGGAGAGUGCAUUCAUCUGUUAUGACCCCUGAGAAUACUGAAUUGAUUCAAAAAUCCAUAUACACACUGAUUUUCACCUUGAAGAAUAUUGAGAAUAUAAGCUCUGAUAUUCUGGGGUUCACUGGUGAUGAGACUACAAGAAGAAAUCUGAAAUUGCUUAUUAAAUCCCUCAGCAGGCUAUUGUAAGUUGAUUGAAGGUCACCAUUCGGGUUCACAACGGCUGCAUAGAUGGUAAAAAGAACAAUAUUGGUUUAGAGCAUUGAUAAUCAAUAGUAAAGUGAGAAGCUAAAGGGUGGCUAAUUCCAGUUAUUCCCCUUUUUCUUUUUUUGGUUAUUUUUUUACUGUUGCACUUGCAUAGAACUAGAGCUGUAUGUUACAUAAUGUUUGUUCACUUCAUCUGGACGAUGUUUUCCCUACCCAAUUAGGCACAUGGUUGCUUAUGCUUUUUGCCAUAGGGCCUGUUUCUAUAAAAAGUUUCAUACCAAGCUGAAAAUAUGAAUUCUGAGUGGUAGACUUGGAAAUUUAUUUGUUGUUAUGGCCCUCAGUUUCCUGUUAAAAUGUCUUCUAGGGGUAUUCUACAAAUACCGUAGAUGUCAGUUGGUAAGCUAUGUUAUUCCCAGAAGAGUUAAGAUAUGCCUUUGAAUGCCGCAGUUGGUAAGCAAUGCUAUUCCCAGAAGAGUUAAGAUAUGCCUUGGAAUGCCGUUGAAAGGUGGUUGCCGAUUAUUGUUUUGGUUCUUGAGACUAAUUUGGGGUUUACAGUCUUGUGCUGAGCAAAUUUCUUUUUGUUUGAAUGGACUUACAUGUUUAUAUUGUCAAUUUAUUUGUCCAACGUUUGCUCUUGCCCUUCCAUUCAUGGGACAGAAACUAAUUCAUGCUUGAUUUGUAGCUUGUACUUUCAUAUGUAUCUCUUCCACAUUGAUAGUAUGAUUUUGGGAUUUGUAUAAGUAGAUUUUAGUAAGGGUCUUGUUGGUUCGUGAUAAAUGUAAUAGGAAUAUUAUAUAUAUAUGUGUGUGUGUGUUUUUUGGUGAAAAUGCAUUUUCUAGGUGUAUGUAUGGGUGGACUUUGGUCGGAGGAAAAUGUGGGUCUAGAGAAAUUUGAUUAUUUAUUUAUUUAUUUAUUAUUAUUACUGUUA